GUGUGUGUGUGUGUGUGUGUGUGUGUGUGUUAGUCUCGCUGCCCACUGCAGAGGUUACCAACAGACCAUGGCAGCAGUCACUGAGAAGGCCGGAGAAGAAGGGGGAGAGAUGAAGAAGAUGAUGUCCGGGUCGGGUUUCGAGUCUUACCCCCCUGCGCUUCGCCCGACCCACGAGAGCGUUGAGUCCGACGAGCACGGUGAAGAGGUGGAGGGUCCGGACACUGUGCCGGUCAUCGACGCAGAGAGGCUGGACCCGGGGAAGCUGGGGGAAGCCUGCAGGGAGUGGGGAGUGUUCCGGUUGGUGAACCACGGAAUGGGUUCGACCCUUUUGAGCGAAAUCCGGGAGCGGGCGAAGGAGGUGUUCGGGCUGCCCUUUGAGACGAAACGGGCCCUGUUCGCCGCCACGAACCCGCUGUCGUACUUUUGGGGCACUGCCGCCCUCGCCCCAUCCGGGUCAGCGCUGUCGAGGGGCAACCAUGACGCGGACCGGGUCGAAGGGUUCAAUGUUCCUUUGGGUCAGCUGUCCCAGUUCCGAGCUGGAGAUCCCCUGAUUGAUUCGUUCAGGGAUAUGCUAGAAGAGUAUGGAAGGCAUCAAGCUAGGCUUGCAAGGACCAUUUUUGAGGCAUUGGCCAAAAACCUCAAGUUGGAUCCGAAACAAUUGGAUUCCCAUUAUAUGGCUGAAUCCACGGGCAUAAUACGGGUCUACCGCUACCCGGCCCGCUCCAGCGGUACUCGGGCGCUCGGGUUGGAAGAGCAUACCGACAGCUCCGUUUUGUCAAUACUGAACCAAGACGACGUCGUUGGUGGGCUUCAAUUCCUGAAGGACAACGAAUGGCUCCACGUCAAGCCCGUACCCGACACACUGGUUGUCAAUAUAGGUGACAUGAUGCAGGCGAUGAGCGACGACGAGUACAGGAGCGUGAAACACAGAGUAGUGGGGAACAAGCAAAGGGAGAGGAUCUCAAUUUGCUACUUCGUGUUCCCGGCGGAUGAAGGCACAAUUCGAAGCUCAAGGUACAUACCUUUCUCUUACACUGAUUUUCGUGCACAGGUGCAGAAAGAUAUAAGGCAGUUGGGCUCCAAGAUUGGCCUCCAACGUUUCAAGCUUCCCACCGCAGUGGAUUGAUAUUACAGAUUACAACUUUUCAUGUCUACAAAUAUCCUAAGCGACUCAAAGGAUCACUCCGGAUUCGGUUCCAGUGAGAGAUGAUGCCUUAUCAUUAUUAUUAUUAUUAUUAUUAUUAUCAUUUUAAAUGUUUCGCCUGCUAUUUCUCGACCCAAACAAAAGAUUAAGGAAGCCAAAUGAAUAAAAUUUAGCAGUUAAGAAAAUUAACUAAAAA